GGCCGCUGUGGCACACAGGGGUUCUCGGCUUCCGGCAGAGUCCUGCGCCGGGCUGCGUGUGCGGCGGUGGGACGCGGACCGGGAGGCUGGCUGCCCGUGGGCGAGGCGCGCUGGGAGGCCGAGGCCGGGGUCGGGGCCGGGGAGCCCCGCGAUCAGCCACAGCGGGGUCCCGGGGCCGCGGAGGGGCCAUGGCUGCCGGCGGCAUCACCACGCUUCCCGCACUGCCCGAGGAUGGCGGUGCCGCCUUCCCACCCGGCCACUUCAAGGACCCCAAGCGGCUCUACUGCAAGAACGGCGGCUUCUUCCUGCGCAUUCACCCCGACGGCCGCGUGGACGGCGUCCGCGAGAAGAGCGACCCACACGUCAAACUACAGCUCCAAGCAGAAGAGAGAGGGGUUGUGUCUAUCAAGGGAGUGUGUGCAAACCGGUACCUUGCUAUGAAGGAAGACGGACGGCUGCUGGCUUCUAAAUGCGUUACAGAAGAGUGUUUCUUUUUUGAACGACUGGAAUCUAAUAACUACAAUACUUACCGGUCAAGGAAAUACUCCGGUUGGUAUGUGGCACUGAAACGAACUGGGCAGUAUAAACUCGGAUCCAAAACGGGACCUGGGCAGAAGGCCAUACUGUUUCUUCCGAUGUCUGCUAAGAGCUGAUUCACUUUAGAAACUGUUAAUGAGAGAAACGAAUGUACGCAACUAAGUUUGGACGCCUGAAUAAAAACUCAUUAUGUAACAGUAAGAUACUUAACCGUUACCUCAGUAAAGAAAAGCAACAAUUUUUGGAAAAAGUU